AUGUCCCGGGUAGAUGAUGAAACAGGGCCGCCGGCCCCACAGCAUUACAACCUAGGUGCCAAGGUGGAGGAGUUCUCGUUCACUUCAUCUCUGCUGAUUGGCUGCAGAAGACAUCCUCACAGGUAUCUGAGACAUCUUCUGGCCUUCAUAUUUGCUAUAGAGGAAAUUAACAAUAGAACAGACCUGCUGCCGAACAUCACGUUGGGAUUCCAGGUUUAUGAUACAUGUAACCGGGAACAUGAAGCUGUACAGAGUGUUCUGGAUGUCUUAUCCGGGUCAGAGGAUCCAAUUCCAAACGUUGAUUGUCAUAAGAAGAGUACAGUCUUUGGGUUCUUAGGUCACAGGACCAUUUCCUCAUCUUUGGCAUCAGCAGCAUUGACGGGGGUCUAUCAGUAUCCUCAGAUCAGCUACGGCGCAAUGAAUCCAAGCUUCUAUAGUAAGUUCCAGUUUCCCUCAUUCGAUAGCACAGUCCCUGAUGUGAAGGAUCAAUUUAUAGCCAUCAUCCUCUUACUGAAACAUUUUGGCUGGAAUUGGGUGGGCAUUGUGUCUUUAGAUAAUGAGGAUGAUGAAUUUUCUUGUGUGCCUGAAUCUAUUGAGAAAGAGUCUUAUGAUAAAGCAUGCAGAGAGUCUUAUAGUUUCCGUUCCGUGGAUCCCUCUCGUUAUGAUGUGGAACAUUUUCGCUACACUUUCAGCGUGUACUCUGCAGUUUAUGCACUGGCAUACGCCCUACAUGAUACUCCACGUUCUCUGUGCUCCGAGAGCUGCCUCCCCGGAUACCAAAAACUUCAACAUGAAGGAGGACAACCGUGCUGUCACCACUGUGUGCCCUGCCCGGAGAAUGAGAUCACCAAUAAGAACAACAUGGAAAGGUGUUAUAAGUGUCCGGAGGAUCAAUGGCCCAAUGAGAGAAGAGACACCUGUAUGCAAAGAACAAUUGAUUUCCUGUCUUAUGGAGAUACAUUGGGAGUUUCUCUUAUGUUUAUGGCUCUAUUAUUCUGUUUUGGAACUAUUAUCAUGUUUGGGAUAUUUGUGAAACACAAAGACACUCCAAUAGUAAAAGCCAAUAACCGGACCUUCAGCUUCAUCUUUCUCAUCUCACUGAUCCUGUCCUUUCUUUGUCCUCUGCUCUUCAUUGGACGUCCCACAAAGAUCUUCUGUCUUCUCCGACAAGCUUUUUUUGGGACAAUUUUCUCUGUUGCAGUUUCUUCGGUUCUGGCUAAAACAGUUACUGUUGUUCUAGCUUUUAAUGUCACCAGACCUAACAGUAUUAACAAGUGGAUGAAAAAACAAUUCUCUGUUUUCCUCCUGAUUAUCUGCUCUUCUGGACAGCUUGUGAUCUGUGUCUUCUGGUUUGUCUUUUCCCCACCAUUCCAAGAGUAUGACACCCAAGUGGAGGUGGGGAAGAUGAUAUUACAGUGUAACGAGGGCUCUGUCACUGCUUUCUACAUUCUGAUUGGCUACAUGGGAUGUCUGGCUGUGUUCAGCUUUAUUGUAGCAUUUUUAGCCAGGAAACUCCCAGACACAUUCAAUGAAGCUCAGUACAUCACAUUCAGCAUGCUGGUCUUCUGCAGUGUUUGGAUCUCCUUCAUCCCAGCCUACCUCAGCACCAAAGGGAGAUACAUGGUGGCUGUGGAGGUCUUGUUCUCCAGUGCUGGACUCCUGGGCUGCAUCUUCAUUCCCAAAUGUUACAUCAUUCUGAUGAGACCGGAGUUGAAUGCGAAGGCGACUGUAGCCCAAAGAAAAGCUCUUCAGUAA